CGGCGAACUACAGUGUAGCCAGCCGGUCCGGUACAAUGUAGCGGCAGCCAGUGACCUGCCUCUGGAUGAGGAAACAGAGGCCGAGAGAAGCUAUGGAAUGUGGCCUGACUAGAUAAGCGGAGAACUGCUUUCCUACUGCUCAGGGUUUAUUCAGACACAGACAGCCCCUCCCUUCAGCCAGGAGCCACAGGCUUGGUGUUCCCAUUGUGGGCUGAGCCCUAGGGAGGGGAAAGAGUGUCUGGUGAUCUUCUGACAAGUGUAACACUUCUGCUACAUGGGAUGCCAGGACAGGAACAACUCAGGCCAUGUGGUCGUGACGUAGGACUGGAACUCAAGCCUGAGAGGUGGGAUGCUAUGGAAUAUGAUGAGAAGUUGGUUCGGUUCCGGCAGGCCCACCUCAACCCCUUCAACAAGCAGCUCACUCCGAGGCAUCAUGACCGGGAGCCCAGUGAGAAGGCCCAAGACGUCAAUUCUGAAGAGACUUUGCCUGAGCUGCCCGCUGGGGAGCCCGAGUUCCGCUACUCGGAGCGCGUGAUGGAUCUCGGCCUGUCUGAGGACCACUUUUCCCGCCCUGUGGGUCUCUUCCUGGCCUCUGAUGUGCAGCAGCUGCGGCAGGCCAUCGAAGAAUGCAAGCAGGUGAUCCUGGAGCUGCCGGAGCAGUCGGAGAAGCAGAAGGACGCCGUGGUGAGGCUGAUCCACCUCCGGCUGAAACUCCAGGAGCUGAAGGACCCCAACGAGGAGGAACCCAACAUCCGGGUUCUCCUAGAGCAUCGCUUCUACAAGGAGAAGAGCAAGAGCGUCAAACAAACCUGCGACAAGUGCAAUACCAUCAUCUGGGGCCUCAUCCAGACCUGGUACACCUGCACAGGGUGUUAUUACCGCUGUCACAGCAAGUGCCUGAACCUCAUCUCCAAACCAUGUGUCAGCUCCAAGGUCAGUCACCAGGCUGAGUACGAGCUAAACAUCUGCCCCGAGACCGGUCUGGACAGCCAGGACUACCGCUGCGCCGAGUGCCGCGCUCCUAUCUCUCUGCGCGGCGUGCCCAGCGAGGCCCGGCAGUGUGACUACACCGGCCAGUACUACUGCAGCCACUGCCACUGGAACGACCUGGCUGUCAUCCCCGCGAGAGUGGUGCACAACUGGGACUUUGAGCCACGCAAGGUGUCUCGCUGCAGCAUGCGCUACCUGGCACUGAUGGUGUCUCGGCCAGUGCUCCGGCUCCGGGAGAUUAACCCUCUGCUGUUUAACUAUGUGGAAGAGCUGGUGGAGAUCAGGAAGCUGCGCCAGGACAUCCUGCUCAUGAAGCCAUACUUCAUCACCUGUAAGGAGGCUAUGGAGGCGCGACUGCUGCUGCAGCUGCAAGACAGACAGCAUUUUGUGGAGAACGAUGAGAUGUACUCCAUCCAGGACCUCUUGGACGUGCACAUGGGCCGCCUGAGCUGCUCGCUGACUGAGGUCCACACACUCUUCGCCAAGCACAUCAAGCUGGACUGCGAGCGCUGCCAAGCCAAGGGGUUCGUCUGUGAACUCUGCAAAGAAGGUGACGUGCUGUUCCCGUUCGACAGCCACACAUCCGUGUGCAGUGACUGUUCCGCCGUCUUCCACAGGGACUGUUAUUACGACAACUCAACCACGUGCCCCAAGUGUGCCCGGCUCACCUUGAGGAAGCAGUCACUGUUCCAGGAACCUGGUCUAGACAUGGAUGCCUAGAACACUGAGGAGAACGCCAGGCACCGUGUCUGCCCCUCCGGCUGUCGCCUGCUGGCCUUGCCCACCAGAUGUGCAUUCUGCCCUGAAGACCCCGAGUGCGUCCUCCGGGCCUCUCUGACUCUUCAGGCCAGAAGGAAUUGACCAGUGUCCACCAGGACUCUUACUCCUCAGGUGCUUGCUGAGACUUGGAGUGUGUGUACCUGGCUGUUUAUUGGGUGUGCUGCUAUAAGGGAUCGAAAUGCUGCCUGUGCCCCGUUGUAGGACUCCUUAGGCAGAGGAGCCUGGCUGUGACACCGAGAAAGUGGGGGAGUCACUCUCCUAUGGCACAGAGCCCUCCAGGCCUUUAAGACCAGUCCUUCCAUAGGGAUAGCUUUGCUCCUGUCUAGAACACCCUUACAACUGCUGAGAAACGUCAGAGGCCUGUCCAGUGAGAGCAAAGGGUGCCUCCUGACUGUUAUCUCUCCUGAGGAAGAUUCUACUUCUAGGUUCUACUUAGAGGCUCCCGACCCUCUUAGCACCUUGUUUCCUAAGGGACAUCUGGCUUUCUCUCACGGGAACUGUUCACUAUGACGUCCUGUGAACCUUUCCCGGCAUUCUGAGAGUCAUUGUCAUCCUUAAUCUGUCAGACAUGUGUGCUUCCCCGCCCCUUUUGUACAAUAGGAAGGGAAGGGGUCUGUGGCGCUUCUCCUGGCAGAUACACCUGCGUCUGCUACCGCCUAGUCCACUUUAUCCUGGUGCUCUGAGCUGGGCAGCUAGGAACCCAUCCUAAGGAAGAAAAGUCCAGUCUCUGGUUACAUAGGUGGGACUGUGUCCAGGGAGGAGAUUCCAGGUCAGGCGAGCCUGUCAGUUAUCACCGACCUAUGUGGCAUUCCCACAGAGGUCUCUGUUCGCCUGCUGCAGUGCUCUGCUUGAAGAUGACCAGUUACUGGGUGUUGACAUAGGACCCUGAGGCCAAGAGCUAGGAGUAUUUGCUAGCCUCAAGCAGGAGGCCCCGUUGUCCAGGCUUUGAAGGUGGGUGGGCCUACCCUUGCCAGGGAGCCACGUUCCACCUCCGUGCUGUGGAAGAUGUGUGGUGGUGAGGGGCAUCUCCAAAUCCAGCUUUCUUUCCUCCUGGGAAGUGGGAGUUGGUUGCCUCUGCCCCUUUGCUGCUUGCCUGUAACUUGUGGACACACACAGGUGGCGGGCAGAGGCCAGGGCAUUUCACAGCUUGGAUUUCCUUCAUCUUUAAUGAGGCUCCAGAAGGGACUCCUCAACUAGCCGGUUGAAGCUUAGCUUCCGGGCGUGUCUGAAGGAUGGACGGAGACAGACUGCCACCUCCUCUUUACUCCUCUUUACACCAGGUGGCUUUCCUCGUGCUGUCUUUUCUGUUUCAGUUUUCUCAUCUGGAAAAUCUUGGGAAGGUGGAGUUGACCUGCCCCUCAGGGUGAAAAGUCAGAAGCCCUUUGAGUAUGAUGUGGGUCAAUUAGUGGUCCCCUGUCCCUCCUUUCCUCUUUGGCGUUAAAGAGGGUCUUAAAACCAAAUGCCAUUUCCCUCACCCCCAAAUCCCACACCCCCAAAUCUGUGCGUUUCUUGCCAUUGUACCACAUGUCUGUCCUGAGGCUGUCUACCCCUCCUGUUCCUCCUGUGUAAUCAACCAUCACGUUUCAAACUAUAAAUCAUAGUGCCUAACGAAAA